AUGAGCAUACCUGGCUUUCGGGAAGGCAGUUUGGGGGGCCCUGGCAUGGUCCUAGAGCACUCACACCUCCUUCCCAAAGCUGGGCAAGCAUUUCUUAGGCUUUGGAAAGGCGGUGGGAGGAUUCUGGCACCCUCCAGAGCCCUCACACCUCCUUCCCAAAAACCAGGUAAGCACCCCUCCACUUUAUGGGCAGGGGCAGUUCCUGGCCUUCUGCAUUUCUGCGUAUACAGAUGGACCCUUGGAAGCCAAUCCUCGUGUAAGACACAAGUGGCCUGCAAUGCUACACCAAUGUUAGGAGGAGAUGCAACUCGCAGGCUGGUUGAUCCAGCUGUUGAGCCUUCGAUGACACUUCCAGGUGGUUAG